CGCGUCCGCCAGAGCGCGCGUAGCGCAUGCCGCGUUGCUGAGCGAUCUGUUUCGCGCGCGCCGCGUCGUGUCAGCCGUCUGGUUCACCGCGCUGCUACGUCGUCGGUCGUCGUCGUCGUCGUGCCGUGUCGUGUCGUGUCGUCCGUCGCCGCUGUCAUCGUUCGCAUAUCGCACGCGCGGGACACGCGCACCGGGAGUGUCUGGUCGCCUGGCGCUCAUCUGGUCUCUCUUCUCCUCUCCCGCCUGCCGCGAGUAAGACGUCGUCUUCGCCGCCGCUCGCCGCCAUGGAUCACGUCGCCCUGCUGCUGCAGCACUCGCAAUACUACGCGUACGCGAUCCCCGUGGGUAUCGUGCUGGUAUGCGCCAUUCUCGUGUUCGUCUGCGGCUUCAAGAAGGCCGAGCAGCCGCCGUUCGCGCAGCUCUCAGCGGGCUCCGACGUGGACCGCAAGAGCGGCAAGAAGCGCGGCAAGGUCCGCGAGAAGAAGGCUGCUAACGGACAAGUUGCAUCCGAGAAAACAAGUCCGGCUAAAAAGACAUUAGCAGCGAAAGCGGAGGCUCCCAAGAAGGCUGCCAAGGGAGACGAUGUUGACGGUAAAUUAAAGGAGCGUAAGCAAGAGGACAACAAGAUCGUCGCUACGAAGAAGGAAAAGGAGCAGCUGUCGACUAAGGCCGGCAAGGAGAACAAAGGAGUGGAGCAGGCGAAGAACAAGAAGAACUUGAAGAAUUUGUUCCAGGAGAAACCAGUGGACUUUGACGAUGGAGAUUGGGAGCAGGCUUAUUCGCGCAAGGAUAAGAAGAACAAGAAGAAGGAGGAGGAGUCCCCUUCGAAGAAGAACAAGAAGGCCUCGAAGAAGGCCGAUUUGAUAAACGAAGCCAAGCAGAAGGAGCAGGAGAAGCCCGAGGUGAAGGACAAGAUCGCUAAGGAGACCGAAAACAAGGAGCUCAAGGAGAAGGAGAAGAAGGAAGUGAUCCUUACGUCUAUCUCGGACGAGGAGAUAGGUAAGGCCAAGGAGCCGCCGAAGGAAGAGCAGAGCAAGAUCGAGAAGGUCGAGAAGGUCGAGAAGGUCGAGAAGGAAGAGAAGAAAUCCGGUAAAUCGAAGAAGAAUAAGAAAACUACUGAAGGCGAGAGCACGCCCGCCUCGGUGCCGUCCACACCAAAGACCGAUAACAAGCCCGUCGCGGAGGAGCAGCAGACGAAGCCGGCGAGUGUGCCGGAAAAAGUGGCCAACAAUGUGGAGGAGAAUCAAGUGGAAGAGAGUAAGGAGAAGAUUGCCGUGUUCGACGAAUUAGGAGACGUCUGGACAGAGGCGAAACCUCAGAAAAAGAGUAAAAAAAAGGCUCGUAAAGAUAACUGAGGAUGAUUACGCGUAAUGCUAAUGAUAUUGCUCCCCGCGAAGGGGGACAGAGUGAGAAUUCCGUUCGGUCCAAAGGGCGUUUGUCGCUUUCGGCAAAUCCAGGUGUGUUUCAAGUGACACUCUCGCUGCUUCAUCAUCUGACCAAAUCGUUCCUUUUUUUCCCCUUGUACAUAAUACCAAUCGAACCUAGGUUUAUUCAAUUGCGAUUUUUUUUGAGUUGUCACGACUUCGAGAUCGCGUGAAAACGCCACGUAUAGUACGAAGAUUUUUUUUUUGUACGUUUCUCAUUUCUUUUGUAUAGUCCACCACUGUCUUGCAUUUAAUAAGAGUGGCAUAAGUCAUAGUUUUCACAUUUUACCAAGGCAAUUCUUCUAGGACGCGUUAGAUUUUCUUAGGUACUUUUUACGUCCGUUAAUUAGGAUAUUGAUUUGUAUAAUUAUAGGUCUAUAUAGUGGAUCUGUAUGAUAAAAGUUUUAUAAUGUGGUUACGAAUGGUACUUAUGCCAUUUACAUUUUACGUCUUUACGAAUAAUAUUUUGCAUAAAGAAUAUUUUGUAUAACCAUUACUACGAUUAAGAAUGACAAUUUUCCGUGCGCGUUAUUAUAUCUCGCUGUUACUUAAAGCGCCGGUUCUUCUCAUCGACACUUCUCGCAUCGCGCUGUAUAAACGGUUGAAAGGCAAACAUAGAAAGUACGCGUCUCACGAUAAUAUUCAUAACGCAGGACAAUCUUUGGAGGCGAUAAACUUAUAUUGCUGAUGUGUAGAAUGGAUUCUAA